AACGGUGUGUUUUAGUUUCGGGAUGCAAACAAUCUGAAAAAGGUACAUAUAUCAAGAUGGUAUGCUUGAUAUAGUCAACCAAGCUGGAUUUUUCUAAAUUGCUGUAAUAAUAAAGGUAUAGGAAUACCAUGAUUAUAGAAAGACACAGUUCAAAUUACCAGAAACGCCAUCGCAAGGACUCCGCCUCCUCUUCUUCCUCAACAUCCCAUAGGCGAAGUGACGGUCGAAGUCAAAAUCACAACCGGUCGGACUUGGUAUGGACACGUUACAAUCGCAACUCUCACAAUUUGCGCCGUUCACGUUCCCGCUUGCGUUCCGAUCCUGAGCGCUCUUUAUCUCUGUCUCCAGCACCGCGACAGAGAUCCGGCCAAAAUUUGGAGCGCAAUUCCCGUGAUCGUCAUCGCAUGCGACACACACGAGAUCGUCCGCAGGCCAGCCGUUGCAUUGGCGUAUUUGGCCUGAAUACCAAUACCACCCAACAUCAGGUCCGUGAGUUAUUUAACAAGUUUGGACCUAUAGAACGAAUCCAAAUGGUUAUUGAUGCUCAUACUCAUCGCUCCAGAGGUUUUUGCUUCAUUUACUAUGAGAAUCUCAGUGAUGCUCGUGUGGCCAAGGAUGCUUGCUCUGGGAUAAAGGUGGAUGAUCGUCGUAUACGUGUUGAUUAUUCAAUAACUCAACGUGCACACACACCCACUCCGGGUGUUUAUAUGGGCAAUCAAAUACGAAAGCAGCGUUCCCGUUCGCGUUCGCCCACAUCGCGUCGCAGUGGUGGAAAUAGUCGUUCUGACCAACGUGAUAGAGACCGUGACCGUAGAUAUCGCAGUAGUCACAAAAGGAGUGGCAGUCGCCAUCGUUACGAUCGUAGUGCUAGUCGCAGUCGAUCCCGUUCUCGUUUACAUACACGUUCACGUUCCCCACCACCCCGGCCAUCACGCAGAGGCCGUGGAGAUUCCCGCAAUUAGUUGAAGGAUUUUAACAAAUGAUGCACGCCAAAAGCUAGUAAUUUAGUGCUCCACUUUUGUAUGGCCCGAACUGGAAUUUAUUUAUAGAGCAUAUGGACUGAGUAUAGCAUUUUGGCACUUUGACAGCUUGUAACCCAAUUUCUUUAUGCCACCGAUUUCUCAUUUUUGUGGACAGGCUUUAAGAAAACAAAAAAAAACCAACGGAUACUUUGUGAUAUGUCAGCAAACACGUCAAAAAGGACGGCGAAUAACAAUGUAAUAAUAAUAUUAAAAUAAUAAACAACCGAUUUCCCAGUUAAUAUGGUAUUAUAUACCACUGUGAAACAUCUAAGUGGAGCUAAAUUUUAAACAAAGGGAAUGACAAUUUAUUGUAGCCUUAAUCCUAAUCUGAGUGUACAUUUGUUAAUAUAGAUGUAAAUACCAAUAUAUUAUAAAAGAAUUGAUUA